CUGAAUAUCAUGGAGAACAGCUGUUAAACCAAAGAUGGCUGCUCUAAGGAGUUGUUUAUCAGCAUUUUCAAAUAUUUUCUCAAAUAAAACAAAUUUUGCAGCAUGCUGUUUUCAGCAAGUACGCGAUAAACAUGUUGGUCGAUGGACGAUUCGUGAUAAUAAACGAAGAAAAUUGGCUGAGAAAUAUGCACCGGAACGGUUACGAUUAGUAGCAAUGAAAAGAAACGAUAUUUUACCACCUGAACUUCGGGAAGCUGUUGGUAAACAAAUAGAUGAGACGAUUCCUCGUCAAACUGCUCUGAGACAGUUAACACAACGUUGUGUAUUAACUUCUCGAGGACACGGUGUUGUUUGCAGAUGGAGGUUGUCAAGAAUUGUAUUUCGCGACUUAGCUGAUUAUAAUAAACUAGCUGGUGUUCAACGAGCUAUGUGGUAGAAGUUCUGUAGAAAAUAUUUCUUUAACUUAUUGUAAAAGUGAUAUUUCAUUGUAAAUGCAAUAAAAUGUAAAGUCAUGAAAUAAAUAUGCAUGUAAGUUAAUCAAGCA